AUGUUGAUGUCCAUCAUCAUCCUGCUCAUUCUAAUGGGCAAUAUCAUGGUCAUUGUGGCCAUAGGAAAGAACCAGCGUCUGCAAACACUAACCAAUGUCUUCAUCACCUCCCUGGCCUGUGCAGACCUCAUCAUGGGCUUGUUUGUGGUGCCCCUGGGGGCCACCCUCGUGGUGAGUGGCACCUGGCUGUAUGGCUCUAUCUUCUGUGAGUUCUGGACCUCAGUGGAUGUCUUGUGUGUGACUGCCAGCAUUGAGACGCUUUGUGUCAUUGCCAUAGACAGGUAUAUUGCCAUUACUUCACCCUUCCGCUACCAGAGCCUUCUCACCAAGGCCAGGGCAAAGGGCAUUGUCUGCACAGUAUGGGCAAUUUCUGCCCUGGUGUCCUUCCUACCCAUCAUGAUGCACUGGUGGAGGGAUACUGAUGACCCAGAGGCCUUGAGCUGCUAUGAAGACCCUGGCUGCUGUGACUUUGUAACCAACCGAGCAUAUGCCAUUGCCUCUUCCAUUAUUUCCUUCUAUGUCCCUUUGGUGGUCAUGAUAUUUGUUUACUUUCGUGUUUUCAAGGAGGCUAAAUUGCAGAUGAAGAAGAUAGACAAGUGUGAAGGUCGUUUCCACCUCAACCAGGCUCUGCACCAUGCCAGGUCGAGCAGGAGAAGGCUUUCCAAAUUGUUGGUGGCCAAGGAGCACAAAGCCUUGAAGACUCUGGGCAUCAUCAUGGGUACCUUCACCCUGUGCUGGCUACCCUUCUUCCUGGCCAAUAUAGUUAAUGUGUUUUACAGGAACCUCAUCCCUGACAAACUCUUCUUGUUUUUGAACUGGUUGGGAUAUGUCAACUCUAUUUUUAAUCCCAUUAUCUACUGCAGGAGCCCGGAUUUCAGGAAAGCCUUUAAGAGGCUCCUGUGUUGCCCUAGGAAGGCAGAUAGAAGGUUACAUGCCACAGGGGAUUUGUCCCGACAAUCUGGUGGGUUUUCCAAUUCCAUGGACAUUACCAAUGCUUUGGGGAUAUGGUCUGAAUAUAAUGGGAACCAGGAGUCUCUGGAGCCAGCCUAG